AGGACCAAGACAGCGGACACCCCUAACACAAACACGCCUCUUUCUUCUUCCCACUCGGCUGUUCCACUGUGGGCAACUCGGCAUUCUUCUUUCCCCAAAUCAAAAGCAAACCCUAGCCGCCGCUACCACUGUUUUCACCACUCACCAGUCGGCCACUUCUGCCACCACCACUGCCGUCCUUCAAUUGAAGAGCCCUUCUCUCCUAGUCCCAGUUUGUUGGCCAACGUUAGACUCAGCUACGGUAGACAUUUCAUCAGCUCCAUUGGUGGAGGGCCUCGCGAACAGGAAUUAUCGGAAGAAGUUUGGAAGGGAGGAAGAGAUGCCGGGGUUAACCUGUAACGCUUGCAAUAAGGAAUUUCAAGAUGAAAUUGAGCAGAAGCUCCAUUACAAAUCCGAAUGGCACCGUUACAACCUCAAGCGCAAGAUACAAUUUCUCCAAGGACUAAGGACCAAGACAGCGGACACCCCUAACACAAACACGCCUCUUUCUUCUUCCCACUCGGCUGUUCCACUGUGGGCAACUCGGCAUUCUUCUUUCCCCAAAUCAAAAGCAAACCCUAGCCGCCGCUACCACUGUUUUCACCACUCACCAGUCGGCCACUUCUGCCACCACCACUGCCGUCCUUCAAUUGAAGAGCCCUUCUCUCCGAGUCCCAGUUUGUUGGCCAACGUUAGACUCAGCUACGGUAGACAUUUCAUCAGCUCCAUUGGUGGAGGGCCUCGCGAACAGGUUGCUGGAGUUCCUGGCGUGACAGAAGAUCUGUAUUUGGCUAGACAGUCUGCACUUGCAGAAGAGAAGAAAAACUUAAAUGAAACUCCAAUGCUCUAUAGUUGUGGUCUUUGUGGCAAAAGUUAUAGAAGUUCCAAGGCACAUGCUCAGCAUCUAAAGUCUAAAAGUCACUCGCUACGAGCUUCCCAGGGAGUUGGAAAUCACGAAGGUGCAAAUGCUAUUAUCAAACCUUUCCAACCCCGAAUUCCUAAUAAGCUUUCCCAAGACAAUGAGUUGGACGAUGAAGAAAGUGAAGAGAGUGAAUGGGAGGAGGUUGACCCAGAGGAAGACUUGAUGGGUGAGGCCACUGAUUCUCUGACGCAGCUAAAUAUGAAUGAGCAAAAUUCUAUGGAUGAGGAUGAAGGUAGUGAUCCAGAUCAGUUUUUUAAGGAGUUGGACCCAUCUUGUUGCUUUAUGUGUGACUUAGAGCAUGGUACAAUAGAAAGCUGCAUGGUUCACAUGCACAAGUGGCAUGGAUUUUAUAUACCUGAUGUUGAAUAUCUGAAGGACCCAAAAGGCCUGCUUACUUAUCUUGGAUUGAAGGUUAGAAGGGAUCAUAUGUGUCUAUAUUGCAAUGACAGAUGCCAUCCUUUUGGCAGUCUGGAAGCAGUUAGGAAGCACAUGGAAGCAAAAAGUCAUUGCAAAGUGCAUUAUGGUGAUGGAGGAGAUGAUGAGGAAGCAGAAUUAGAAGAGUUUUACGAUUACAGCAGCAGUUACCUUGAUGCUGAUGGCAAGCAACUAGUUGUGGCAGAUGAUAGUCAAAACAGGAUUGAAUUUGGAAGUGGUGGAUCUGAGCUCAUAAUAACCCGGAGUAACAAAGGGGGAAUGUCAACAAGAGUACUUGGAUCAAGGGAAUUUCUACGAUACUACCGCCAGAAACCACGUCCAAUGCCUGCAACUGAUGUUGCUAUUACUGCUGCAUUAGCUUCACGGUAUAGGAGCAUGGGUCUGGCAACGGUGCAGUCAAGAGAGCAUAUUGUGAGGAUGAAGGUGUUGAAGGCCAUGAAAAGGUCUGGCGUGGAGGCUAUGCGUUCCAAGAUUGGCAUGAAGAGUAACGUCAUCCGCAACCUUCCCAAGAAUGUGACACAUUAGCUUUUCAGUAUGGUUUUACUGGUGAUGCUACAAUGUUUUUCAGUUCUUAUGCAUAGGAUGCUGCAAGACCACAUUGGUUGUGGCCUCAGCACUCUGAUGGUGUAGUGAUAUGUUGAAUGCUUAGGGCAACCAAAAUGGAAUGCUUUUAUGAUGUUCUUCUCAUAAAGAACUGGUAAAUUCACUAUUUGGAGUCCGAAACUGCCAUAAACAUCGUAGUAUAAAGCAUCUAAAGGCACGAGCUAGAUAUCUUGUUAGA